AGAUCGGCUGGUGUCGCCGAAGCGCAGGCCGCGGGACUGCCGCGUGUGUCUUGGCAGCGGGCGUGCGGCUGCGGCUGUACCGCUGGAAUGCUGAUGCUGAUAGACGCACACAGGCAGCAUCGGAGCAGCGGGUACCCGUAACCCUGGCUGACCUCAUUCACAGCGGUCCGCCUCCCCCUUCCCCCCUCCAUGGCCGCCGCCACCGCCGCCUCUCGAACCGCCGGCCUCCUCCUUUCUCCCCGUCUCCUCAUCGCCUCGCGCCAUCUCCAAGCAAGUGCCUCGGAGGGAUCGGCGAGGGAUGCGUCCACGAGCUUCAUCCACCCUGCCGCCGUCGUCCACCCCGACGCCGCCAUCGGCCAGGGUGUCUCAAUAGGCCCAUUUUGCACCGUGGGGGCUUCAGCGAGGAUUGGUGAUUCUUGUCGGUUACACACAGGGAGUCAUGUCACGGGACACACCGAGCUAGGAGAAGGAUGUGUUGUUCACACUGGUGCUAUUCUUGGUGCAGAUCUACCUGGACGAACAAUUAUUGGGGAAAACAAUGUAAUUGGGAACUAUGCUGUGGUUGGUGUUAAGUGUCAAGAUCUCAAAUAUAAGCCAGGAGAUGAAUGUUUUCUACGCAUUGGUAACAACAAUGAGAUCAGAGAGUACUGCUCUAUUCAUCGAUCUUCUAAAUCUUGUGACUGCACGGUUAUUGGUGACAAUAAUCUCAUAAUGGGGUCCUGCCAUGUAGCACAUGACUGCAAGAUUGGUAGCAAUAACAUCUUUGCUAAUAAUACUCUAUUUGGUGGCCAUGUUAUUGUUGAAGACUGCACUCAUACUGCUGGGGCUGUCGUUGUCCAUCAAUUUUGUCACAUUGGAUCAUUCUCAUUUCUAGGCGGAGGCUCUGUGGUUGCACAAGAUGUUCCAAGAUACACGAUGGUUGCAGGUGAUAGAGCAGAGCUUCGUGGUCUAAAUCUUGAAGGUCUCAGGCGCAACGGUUUCUCAGACCAAGAGGUACGGAGCCUAAGGAAAGCAUAUAGGAAAGUAUUUAUGCCAGCUAGUAGUUCCCAGAGUAACUUUGAAGACCGACUCGCUGAACUGGAACGGGAAAUUGAGCUAUUGGAAUCUCCCUCUGUAUCCUAUAUGGUGGAAUCUAUUCGCACCUCAUUUGACCAAGGACGUCGUGGAAUUUGCAAAUUCAGAAGUUGGAACAUCUCAUAAGUUUGAGAUAUGCCAAAUCCCUAUUAAGAAGAGACAAUUCACAGUGAGCAUAUUGAAAAUGCCUCAGGACUGUGACUGCUUUCAGGAUGCUGCUGCCCCAGAAGUUGUUUUGUGCAUCAAUAUAUUUCUGGGAUCUAUAUUUGGUGGCUACCAUAUUGAUUUUAGUUUGUUAUUUCUGUGCCAAUGUUGAUUUUAUUAUCUGCUUUACUGUAAGACCUAAAUUGUGUUUUUUAUUUCAUUUUCUGUUUACAGACAGCCCACCCCACUCUAUGGAAUGUUCAGUUUCAAUUCUCGUUCUUCCAUUCCCGAUGCAUGGAUACACCAUACAGACAGCGAGUGACCGGGUGCCAGUCAAUCCAGAUGAAACCCGGGUUGUAGACAAGAUGAUUGCCGCACCGAUUAUAGGGAGAUAGCACUAGUUUUCUUGCCUCUUGGAUGUACAAUACUUGUAUUAUAGCUCAUAGUUGUACACAACAACUCGACAUGGGCACAUGGCCGAUUUUGUUCAGAUCUGAGGCUCUAAGCUGUAAGAUCCGGAUGACAUUAUAUUGUUGAGAGAUGCAGUCACUAUUUUGUA